CAUAACAUAAGGGAACAAUUUAAACACCUGUAAAGACGACUGAAGGAACAUGGAAAUUGUAAAAAGAAUUACUGAAGAAGAAGAAGAGAAGUACAUCAGGAUGGUGCUAGUUGGAAGAUCUGGAUCUGGGAAGAGCGCAGCAGGAAACACCAUUUUGGGACAGAAAUGUUUCACAUCUUUCCCCGGCCCCUCCUCAGUAAAAUCAGUGUGUCAGAAGGAAACAGCUAAGUUUGAGGGUCAGUUGCUGUCUGUAAUUGAUACUCCAGCUUUGUAUGGUACGGAAAAGAAUCAGAAGGAUGUCAUCGAUGAGAUUGGAAGAUGCAUCAUGCUCUGCGCUCCUGGUCCUCAUGUCUUUCUAGCUGUGAUCCAAACAGGCAGAUUCACAGAAGAAGAUCAAAUAACAGUAAAACUUAGCAACAGGAUUUUUGGAGAGAAGGCAGCACGUUACACCAUGGUGCUGUUCACUCAUGGAGAUGAUCUGGAGCAGGACGGGGUUGAUAUCAAUGAUUAUAUAAAGGGAAACCCACCUCUCCAGGAUUUCAUCUGUCAGUGUGGUGGAGGGUAUCAUGUGUUCAACAACCGAUCCAAGGAUCCAUCCCAAGUUAGAGAGCUGCUUAAGAAAGUUAACAGGAUGGUUCAGCGAAAUGGAGGAACCUACUUCACCAACGAGAAGAUUCAAGAAGCUCAGAGAGUCAAAAUAGAAGCUGUUCUGACCAUUAUGAAACAAAACCCGGGGAUAGAUGUUAAUGAGGCGAUUAGUAGAGCAGAAAAUGAAUAUAAAUCAUAUGAUUUUAAAAGCUUUUUAACUACUCUUGGGGCCCUACUAGGUGGCCUAAUUGUUAUAGGAGCAACAAUUUGUCGCUUGCAGUAG